AGAACGAAUGGGAAAGGGCUGCAGCACGUCUGUCAGGGUGGGAGCCGCUUGGCUGUGCCGUGAGGAAGAGUUGAAAAUCGCUGCUGUGAGCUGUGUGUGUGAUGAGUGAGUGAGUGAGAGAGAGAGAGAGAGUGAAGCCAAGCCAAGCCAAGCCAAGCCAUGCUUUCCUCAGCUCCUGGUCAGUACAGCAGCAACUAACCCGGGCCACAGCACAGCACAACAAGAGCACAGCAGAGAGACUUGUGCCACCACUACACACCCAAACACGUCUUUUCUUUUAAAGGCAUGUGUUAGGAGGCAACACCAUAUGUGUGUGGAAGAGAUCUUCCAAUUCAAGAAUACAGAUUACAAGAGUAUGAACUGUCGGGAGGAAUAAUCAACACCAUAAUAACAAGAACUGGGACAGCUUCGAUUCUUGCUUUAAGUAAUACACAAAAUGAGAAUAACAGAAGCAAGUAUUUUAAAAUGGGAAACUCAUAUGCAGGGCAACUGAAGACAACACGUUUUGAAGAAGUUCUGCACAAUUCCAUUGAAGCCUCUCUGCGAUCUAACAACUUAAUCCCCAGGCCUGUCUUUUCUCAGUUAUAUCUGGAGGCUGAGCAACAACUGACUUCUAAUUUGGAAGCUUGCAGGAGACCAGAGAAUGAAGAGGAAGAAGAAGAGGAUGGAUCGGAGUCGAGCAGCCCUCUCAUUCCGUAUCAGAUGAAACCUCCCCCAGAAGGCUGCUGCACCACUGAUGGUUUUUGCCAAGCAGGAAAGGACUUGCGACUUGCUUCUGUAUCAAAUGCACAGAUUGAGGUGCCAAUGGGAUUCUUGCUCAUUGGUGCCAAGUCUCCUAAUCUUACUGAGCACCUUUUAGUUUGUGCGGUGGAUAAACGCUUUCUUCCAGAUGAUAAUGGCCGAAACGCUUUGCUGGGUUUCUCUGGUAACUGUGUUGGUUGUGGAGAAAAAGGAUUUCGUUAUUUCACUGAGUUUUCCAAUCACAUCAACCUGAAAUUAACCACCCAGCCCAAGAAACAGAAGCACUUAAAGUAUUAUCUGUUAAGGAAUGCACAGGGCUGCCUUGCAAAAGGGCCCUUAAUCUGUUGGAAAGGUACAGAGGGCAGAGCCCAGCAGUCAGCCUCCAGCUCGAGCUCCAGUGUUCCCUCACAGUCUCCUGAGAGCCCAGCCUCCUCCACCACCGCAGCAUCUGCAGAAACCACUUCUGGAACUAGCCAGAAUCCAUCAACUGCACUUCAGCCAACAGGUGUACCGACAGAUCAGCUGCUCCCCCGAACUUCAACGGAAGUUUGUGUAGCUCACAACAGUAGAGACCCAUCCAGACAUCAAAACACAAUGAAGACCAACAACUUGUCUGCUCAGAGUGUGUCAAGGCCUUCGGUGAUAGGCACUUUAGCUAAUUCAGGUCCUCCAAAGAAACGCCACAGAGGCUGGUCACCAGAUUCACCAUCUCCAGCAGAAGUAAUCUCUGUGCAGAGUAGCCUAUCUGCUCAAAGUUCAGGAAGCAAAGCUGAUGUUAUGGGACUAGCUUGUUUGACUCAAUCAUGCCAUUUAGGACCACUUCUUUCUCCGAUGGCUGUCUUUGAAGAACCUGUUGCUGUACCUGAAAAUUUGCUUAAAAUCUGCAGGACCAGACCUGUAAUUUUUAAAGGCCAUGGCAAUUUUCCCUACCUGUGUGGAAAUCUGAAUGACAUAGUUAUCAGUCCACUGCUACAGACCUGCUACAAAAACACUCAGUCUCUACCUAGAUUGUAUGAGCAGCAUAAUACAACCAUUGCCUCAUCGCUGUCUGUGGAAUUGCAGAUUUUAUUAACAGUCUACUACUUAGUUCAGCUAGCUCCAGACCAGGCCCCUUUGAUUGAGGACUUGGAACAUAUUUUGGUGAGAUGGUGGCAGGAAUCUAACCUUACUGAAACCAAGCAAUACCAGCAGAUUCUGCCUCAGUCAGUGCACUGUGUCCCUCCUCAGACUUUGGCUGUCUCCCCAACACAGCUUCCUUGGUUAGCCAAGUUAGCGGCUAGUUCCUGUAAAAAUGUGGUCAGGAUCCUUGAUUCAUUCAAUUCACUGGCCGAGGGUCUAGAAGAAACCUUCAAACUACUGAGCAAAUAUAAACUACAAGAAACCAAUUUUGUGGUGAUAAUCUGUGUCUCUAAGAGCCGAGGAACUGAGUCAUGUGUGGUGGUGACAGGAAAACACCAGGCCCGGUUUCUUGCAGAAAGUAUGCUGAGUCAAGCAGAGAACCUGAAGGAAAUCAGCUACGAGCUAGUCACUGGGAAAGUUGGGGCACUCGGAGCUUUCUUCAGCACCCUCUGUCCAGAAGGGGAUAUUGACAUUCUGUUUGAAAAGUGUUACCAGGAAAGAAAUGGCCAAAGCUCUUGUUCCAAUGGCUCAACCUAUAAAUUUGAUGAGACUACAGCUCAGAGACCCUUUGGCUGUGCAGUUGUGAAUAAGGAGGAGUCCCAAAUUCAUCCUAUCCAGCUUGCUGUGGCUCGGAAGUUGCUGUCCCACAUCUGUGCUAUUGCUGACUCGAGCACGCAAAAUCUGGACUUGGGCUCCUUUGAAAAAGUAGACUUCCUUAUCUUGGUGCCUCCAUCAGAAGUGACCUACCAACAGACUGUACUCCGCGUCAGGCAAUCAGGGAUCCUAGUGGAACUUGGAUUGGAAGCUGAAUCUGCUGUGAGUCAUUGCGCAGAGCGGUAUGUAAUGAAGCUCACAUCAGAGGCUCAGAGAAAGUUUGAUGCCUUUCGUCAAAGAGCUCUCCAGAAUCCCUAUACGCUGUUCAUACUGAUCCAUGACCACGCACAUUGGGAUCUCACCAGUGGGGAAGCCCUUCCACAAAGUGAAGCAUCUCUGGGCCUUGCUGACAGAAUCCUGAACUGUAAAGACAUGAAGGAAGCACUGAAUGUGUUAACACUCCAUGUUACGUCCUUCCCCUUCUCUCUUCAGACACAGCAGACUCACAUCAGUCCCUACAAUGAGAUCCACUGGCCUUUGCCCUGCAACAAUCGAGUGGACUUGUACCAUGAAAACAAUAAGUACUUUGGACUGUCGGAAUUUAUUGACUCAACUCGUUCAGGGCACAGCCUCCCACUGCUGAGAUUCGACAGUUCAUUUGAAGCAAUGGUUUCUGCGAUGGAAGAAAGGUUCCCCAAGUUGCACAGCGCUGUGAUCCGGACGUACAUUUUGAUCCAGCACUACACAGCAGCUAUGAUGACUACAGCAGGGCACUCGCAGAUGAAGAAUUACUCCUCCGUUGAAACUCUAGAGAUAAUUCAGAGCCUUGUUCAUUCUACAGGACAGUGCCCCAGUGGUCAUGGUCACAUGAUUUUGGUCAGGGUUCCUUCCAUCCCACUGGCUGCACUGGCCUAUGAGCGACUGUAUCAAGUCAGGCAGCGGCUGGGACUACAGCACAGGUUUGAAAUCAUCCUGGGGAACCCGAGCACACCAAUAAGUAUCGACAAGCACUUUCUAACACAGCUGAAGGAUUGGCAGAAGAUAGAGGACCCUGACUGGGCACCUCGUACAUACCUGGAUUUGGAAGAUCUGCCAUGUAUACUUAUUGUAACUGGCACUGAUCCUCAGGGAGAGUCCUUUCCCAGGUCUGUGAAGUACUGCGACUUGCGUUUAAUAAACUCGACCUGUUUGUUACGAGCAACCUUGGAACAAGAACUCGGUCUAGCAGCUUGUUAUGUGGCUCAGGAUGUCUCUGGGCAGACAGUCAUAGUGAAUGACUUCUCUGAGAGUGACCUGGACAAGCCAGGGAGCACUGAUAACGAUGAGGAUGAUAUAGCCAUUGAAGCGAUAUCAGACUCUGGAAAGAAGAAUAAUGUUAAGAGACAACGUUCGUAUUCAAACCACUCUGCCUCCUCCAGAUCCUCAAAAGCCUCAAGCUUAACAUGCGACAAUGAGCCUUCCCCAGCCUCAGGACAAGAGGAAUCUGCGAAGUAUCCAUUUAAGGCUGACUCUAGCAACGCAGAGGACAUUACUGCAACCCGAGAGAAACUAAAGCAAAGAGCAGAGGGUGCGCAGCAGAAAGCUACCUAUGAGCUCAGCAAUCCAGAGAAGCACAGGAUGGAUUUAGAUCAAACUGACAACAAUUGUGGCAAAAAAAGGAAAAACAGAAGCUCAAGAAGACCCUCAAAAAGCUUUUCUUCAUGUUCUUCCUUCACUCAAAGUCAGCUUCUAGCACAGACCUCAUCCCAGUGUCCACGAACAAAGGCAACGAGUCAGCCACCAACUAUGUUUGUUCCACAAUCUAUCUAUAACAUAGUUACAGCGGUCGAUCAUACUGGUUUGGCCAAAUCAACAUCAUUUCUUCCUCACCAUUCAGUUCUCUGGGCAAGCUCCUUUCAUCCUUCGUUGGCCAAAAUGAUGACUUGCACAGAGCAGUCUCUUUAUUACCGCCAAUGGACAUUACCUAAACCAAACCAUAUGGACUAUAGCAACAAGACAGAGAGUAGAACUGACCUCUUUCAUCCCCGCAGACUGUUACUGAAUGGUCCACCACAGGUGGGGAAGACGGGAGCAUAUCUACAGUUCCUUAGUAUUUUGUCAAGGAUGUUGAUUCGACUAAUGGAAGUGGACGUGUAUGAUGAAGAUGAAAUUAACUUGAAAGCCAAAGAAGAUUUUGCCCCACAGCAGAAAGAGAACUUAAUGUGGCCUGAUUUAGAGACAUUCAGUAAACUGCCUUUCGACUACGCUAUCCAUGACCCAACGUAUGAAGAUGCAAGUCCAGUUUACUCACAAGAUCUUGAAAGCAACAAAGGGAAGCAAAUCAAUAAGAAAGAAGAUGACGUCUAUCUGCAACGCCACACGACUCGCAUGAGGUUGUCCAAAUAUGCUGCCUACAACACGUACCACCAUUGCGAGCAGUGCCAUGAAUACAUGGGCUUCAACCCCAGAUACCAGCCGUAUGAGUCCACACUCCACGCCUUCACCUUUUCGUGCUCAAUGCUGGGUGAGGAGGUCCAGCUCCACUUCAUUAUCCCCAAAUCCAAAGAACAUCACUUUGUUUUCAGUCAGCCUGGAGGCCAGCUGGAGAGCAUGAGACUACCGUUAGUCACUGACAAGCAGAGUCAAGACUGCAUAAAGAGCCCGAUCUUUACACCUAGCACUGGACGGCAUGAGCAUGGUCUCUUCAAUCUGUAUCACGCUAUGGAUGGCGCUAACCAUCUACACAUCCUAGUCAUCAAGGAGUACGAGAUGACUGUGUACAAGAAAUACUGGCCCAACCACAUCAUGCUGAUCCUGCCCAGCAUCUUCAACAGUGCCGGAGUUGGUGCAGCUCACUUUCUGAUUAAAGAGCUGUCCUACCAUAAUCUGGAACUUGAACGUAAUCGACAGGAGGAGCUCGGAAUAAAACCACAAGAUGUUUGGUCGUUUAUUGUCAUUGCAGAUGACUCUUGUGUGAUGUGGAACAGCCUACAUGCUGAAGUCUCUGAGGAUUCCACCAGUGUAUCUGCUGUACAGACUGUCUCAGAGAGAAAUGUUUCUUUGAAGCAUGUACUCCAGGAUAUUGAGACCACCACUCAAAUCCCUCACUAUGCCUUGUGUGGAAUCAUGAAAUGGUCCAGUAAAGUGAGCACUCUAUACCUUAUGGAACCAUUCUCCCGCUGUCAUCUACAUGAUUUUUUGCUGCUAAAUGUGGACUUGACUCAAAAUGUGCAGUACAAUCAAAACAGAUUUAGCUGUGAUGAUGUGGAUUUCAAUCUUCGAGUUCACAGUGCUGGUCUUCUCAUCUGUCGAUUUAACCGCUUCAGUGUUAUGAAGAAACAAAUUUCCAUUGGAGGACACAGAACCUUUCUUAUCAAAUCAAAGAUACCUGAUGUACCAAUGUCUAUUUCCCCAUCUCAGUAUAUCUAUGCUCCAGACAGCAAACAUACCUUUUUAGCCGCACCUGCUCAGUUACUCCUCGAAAAGUAUCUGCAGCACACAAGUUAUCGUCUCUUUCCACUGUCUGUAAAGAACUACAGUCAUCCAGUGCUGUCUGUCGACUGUUAUCUCAACCUAGGACAAGAGAUUGCUGUUUGCUUUGUGAGUUCCCGUCCUCAUUCCUUAAACAUGAACUGCUCUGGCCUUGCUUUCAGUGGGCUUCUUUUAUAUCUAUGUGACUCUUUCGUCACAGCCAGUAUUUUGAAAAAGUUUCACUUUCUGAAAGGUGCCACCUUGUGUGUAAUCUGUCAAGACCGUAGUUCUCUCCGCCAGACGGUUGUAAGACUGGAGCUGGAAGACGAGUGGCAGUUCCGACUGAGGGAUGAGUUCCAGACAGCUAAUUCCCGGGAAGACAAGCCCCUCUUUUUUCUGACUGGACGACAUGUCUAAGGCAUGAAAAACAAAUUCCCUAGUUACGCACACAACAGACGGCAAAAUCGACCACUCCAGAAGUAAAAUGACUCUCCUGAGUCCUGAGCGUAUUUCAGUUCUUAAAACAGUGUUUUAGAAAAAAGUAACUGAGUGGAAUGAUACCCAAUUGUUCAAAUGUGAAGAGUAAUAAUAAUAAUGUUAAUAAUGCUUGCAUUUGA